AUGGUUUGUAGUUUUCUUCACAUUUGUGCACACCAUAUCAAGAACAAAGUCUUAAACCGCCAGCUAGCUAGGUCCGGUGAGACAGUUAGUAGAAAUUUUCAUGCAGUGUUGAACGCUGUUUUAAGAAUGCAUACAAUUUUACUGAAAGAACCUGAGCCUAUCACGGAGGACUCAACAGAUGAACACUGGAAAUGGUUCAAGAAUUGUUUGGGUGCAUUAGAUGGAACACAUAUUAGGGUUCAAGUUCCCGCUCAUGAUAAACCUAGGUAUCGCACUCGGAAAAAUGAAAUUGCGAUGAAUGUUCUUGCUGUUUGCACACCAAAAAUGCAAUUCAUUUAUAUUCUCCCUGGGUGGGAAGGUUCAGCUGCUGAUGGUAGAGUCCUUAGAGAUGCAAUUAGUAGGAGAAAUGGAUUAAAGGUCCCUCAAGGUUUUUACUAUUUAUGUGAUGCGGGUUACACCAAUGGGAAUGGGUUUUUGGCACCUUAUAGAGGGCAGAGAUACCAUUUGAAUGAGUGGAGAGAUGGUUACCAACCAACGACACCUCAAGAAUUUUUCAACAUGAAACACUCCCGAGCAAGAAAUUGCAUUGAGAGAUGUUUCGGCCUCUUGAAAGCCCGUUGGAAGAUUCUAAGUGAGAAAUCUUUCUACCCUAUCAAAACGCAGUGCAGAAUAAUAUCCGCUUGUUGCCUGUUACAUAACUACAUUAGGUCUGAGAUGGCCAUUGACCCUAUGGAAAGUGAGGUUGGUGAGAUGAACAAUACCCCACCGGAAGCCGAUCCCGAACCUGAAUUUAUAAGCCAUGUGGAGCCAAGUGAUGCAUGGAUUGCAUGGAGGGAUAAUCUAGCACACCAGAUGUUUGAAAGUUGGCAACAAUCUUAG